AUGAAGAGAAUGAAUGUUUUCGCGAAGUCAGUUUAUAAACGCGGCCAAGAUUUCGUCUUACGUUAGUCUAAGAAAUUUCGCGCUAAAUCAAAGUUGGCUGAAAAUGAUAUGGCGCAGUUCCGAAAACUUUCACGGGCCCAGCUCUCAUCUCGAGGGCAACUCGAAAAUAAGCUGAAACGUAGCUUUGGUGAGCUGGGGCCAAUGCGCUAACUGAAACUUUGCGAUUAGCUGAAGAUGGUAAGGCGCAGCGUCGGAAAAUUUGCACGAACGCAGCUCGCGUCUUGGGCGCAGCUCGAAGACAAGAGUUAGCUCCGGCGAGAGCUGCGAAAGCUUGUUUUCCGAGCUGCCCCCAAGAUGCGAGCUGCGCCCACGCCAGUUUUCCGAGCUGCGCCCUUCCAUUUUCAGCUAAUAGCAAACUUUCAGUUAGCGCAUUGGCCCCAGCUCACCAAAGCUACGUUUCAGCGUAUUUUCGAGUUGCCGUCUAGAUGGGCCCGUGAAAGUUUUCGGAGCUGCGCCCUAUAAUAUAAUUUUCAGCUAACUUAGCGUAUUCGCCCCAUUCGCAGCUUUGUGAAAUAUUUUUUUUUUGCCUGGGCGCAGCUUGGGAAAAAUGUCGUUGGCUAGGGCGCGGCUUGGAAAAAUGAGCUGCGCCCGUGCCAGUUUUCCGAGCCGCGCCCUACCAUUUUCAGCUAACUUUCCGCAAACUUUCAUUUAACGCAUUGGCCCCGAGGUGCAUCUUGGGAAAAAAUUUAGACUCAGUGGCCAAAAAAAUUCAUCUAAAAGUUGGCUAAAGUGGUCGGAAGCGUCCUACGCCCGAGGCUUGUCUCGUUCUAAAAUUUUUUUAGCAAAAUUUCAGAUAGUACUUGGCUUGGGCGCAGUUUGGAAAGAGCGUUUUCGGCUUGGGCGCGGCUUGGGAAAAUACUUUUUGUCUGGCUAAAAAGUUCAAGCUACUUUCCUUUUUUAACUUACUCCCUUUAGGCUCGUUCUCCUGUCGGCGGCGCUGGCCGCCGCUCACUCGGACCGCGAGCGCUUCCACGAAGGCAGCAUCGAUGCGUUCACCGCAGUUUCCUGCGGUGCGGAAUCCGUGGUGUCGGUUUUGGGCGACAAAUGCCUUACCCAGUACGAAGACUGUCACAUCCUCGACGGAGACAUUCUGCUGGUGGGAGACGGCAGUAAGGGCCGGUUGGUUUUCUCCACAAGGAACGGCCACACACUCGACGAAUACUGGAAGACGCUGUCUGCGAUCCAUUACGCCUGCCUCUUCCAUGCCGGCAGAACGUAUGGCGUCAAGCACAAGGGAACAAAGUGAGUGAAAGUUUUUACUUUUUUUUUGCAAAAAUUUACUUUUGUUUGAAGUGCACGCUUAAAAAGCGAUUUUUUUGUCGCACUUAAAUUUGAAGGGUGAAGUGAACAUUUGCAAGUUGUUUUCUGGCUGUUGUAACGUCUCAAAAAGCAUAUAAACCCCGUCGGCCUAGGCAAAAACGAAAUUUAAGCUGAGGCGCGGGCGCAGCUUGGAAAAUUGACUUUCGUCUUAAGGUCAAUUUCAUCACGAAGGACGGACGGAAAGGUCCGCUAAAAAAAAGAAAAGAGGAGGGUGGGGGGCAGGGGAGGGGGGGAGGUUUUCGAUGGCGCUGAUUUCGAAUAUUGUAUCCAUUUUUUCUGAAUUUUACAAUUUUGCUUAAACAGUAGCGUUAAUUAUAGUAAUAGCAAAAAUCAGAAAAGGCGGACAUACUGCAGGCCUUCGCCAAGUCUCCGCCGAGCCUUUGCCGAGAGUCCGCCGACAAUCCCACGGCUUUGCCAGACUUUACUUCCUGCAAUCGGAAAAAGUUCCUUAUUUUGGCCACAACAAAGGUACUCCGCGAACACGCUUCGACCUAGCUGGCACUGAAUUACUGUCAUAGCUCUAUAGUUUUAUGGGUACCUACGAAGGCUGUGACGACUCAUUUCGUUCCAUACGGAGGCAAUAAAUUUAGUUCCGGACAUGUUUCAUCGUAUAAAGUGUAAAACCACAGGCUGCAGCCGUUUUUGACGGGUAAGGUGGUACUUAAAAAAGAAGGUACCUCACUAACUAAAUCCGCUGUCCGGGCAUUGACAACGAUGAAUUGAGCGAGCACACUAAAUUUGGGCUAAUUCCGACCAGUUUCCGCAAAGUUAUAAGUUGUGGCCAAAAUAAGGAACUUUUACCCUGCAAUCUUUUUUUUUUGGGUAUCCACCUGCCAUACGUCCCGUACCGAUCGGUUUUGUGCCGACCCGAAAUGCCGUCGACCCGAAAAAUAAAGAGGCCGAUGAAUUUGCAUAUUCGAAACGUUCACCUUUCCCUGUUGUGGGCCGAGCUGCGGCUCUUUUUUGGUUGUGGAAAGUUUUUAGAUAGGGCCACAAAACACAUUCUUCUACCAUUUUCCAUAUUACGUAUUUUAUACUUCAGUCAGCACAUGGAAGUGGAUUGCAUGUCCGUCAAGAGGAAGGUACAUGGCGAGAGCGGUAGAAAGCUGUGUGAAUUUCCUCGUCGUCCCCACGUAGAAUAUAUUAAUGAAGUGAAAGCGGUCAAGUCCGGGGAGACGGGUAGGUUUUAUUUUGCUUUGUUUUUAGAAGGAAAACACUCCUAUGAAUAUGGAGAUACAGGUCGAGAAAUUUUUGUGGUUCAGAACGUGCAAAAACUAGCUGUCCAAUUUUGGUUUGUAACGGCGAAAAAACCCUCAGAACUUUUCUCACAACACCAUGCAAAUGCCCCCUUUUUCACAUUGGAACUACUAAUUAAGGUGUACAGUGGGGGACCUUAUCCAGUGGCAAACAACGUGCCAUUUUGCAUCCGGGAAGAAUCAAAAAUGUGGCAAAAUGCUUCGCUCUCCAAGUGAAACAACUUCGAUUUCAAAAUCACUCUUUUUGUGAGGGAAAGGGCACGCCGAAGUUGUUUUCACUUGGAAAGGGAAGCAUUUUGCCACAUUUUUUGAUGCUUCCCGGAUGCAUAAUGGUACGUUUUUUGCCACUGGUCAGGCCCCCCACUGUACACCUUAAUUAGUAGCAGCUAAUUCUUACAUAUUCUGAAUCAGAAAUAUUUAGCAAUUUUUUUGAAAUAUUUCUUUACCUGCAACCCCAUACCCCAUAUAUGGAAGUAAAUACUUUUCUUUGUAAUUUUUUUUUCAGGAUCCAUCUAUACCUUUAAGAACGUUAUGGACUCGUGCCCGCAGGAACUUGGCGGCGUGUUCCCCGUCGACAAGGAGCUUUUGGACUCGGUGGCUAGCGAUCAGUAUCUCAAAACGGGCAUCAAGAAUGCGGGAAAGUGCUAUUAUUCUGUGAGCGGAGUUGGAGUGGAGCAGAACGACGUGGAAGUCAAGAAAGCUGCCGACAAGGCUUGCAAAUUCGGUGUUGAUGGACAGUUGUAAGUUUGUGGUUGAGGGUCUGAAUGGCCGGGAAGUGUCGCUGAAACUUGACUGUUCUUGCCGCACGAUUUUUUUUUUUUUUUUUUUUUUUUGAUAAUUUCGUUUUUUAUUUUCAGGACUUGCCAAGACGCUGGACUCAGCUACUGCGAGUAUGUAUAUCCACAAUGA